GGUAAUGGCAUUUACGACAGUAGGUGUACGUUGCUUUGCUUAUGUAUCCUGACUACGUGAAUUGAACUUACAUUGUCCUUUUGAUGUCGUUUGUGUAAUGAGUGUUAAUGAACUUGAUAUUACUAUAAAAAGGAAUUUUUAUUUUGAAUUUAUUAAAAGUCGUGUGUGAGUUUAUUGAUAAUUAUCUUUGAAAAUAUGUCAGAAGACGAAGUAGAAAGUUUCGAGAUCUCCUAUGAUUUUGAAAAUGAAUUUAAUAUUAAUCGUCCUAGACGAAAACUUUCUAAAAAACAGCAGAUGCUCGGUAUCUGGGCAGAUGAUAGCGAAGAGGAUGAACUUUCUGCGCGACCUUCUUUCAAAACAUAUAACAAAGGUCCAAAGAAUUAUACAGUUCCGGUUAAUUUUGUUGCCGGAGGUAUUCAACAAUCUGGUAAACCAGCAGAAGAAAAAGAGGAUAAAGAAAAAGAUGAUGAUGACGAUGACGAUGACGAUGAUGAUACAAGAACGUCUCAAAGAGAUGGGGAGGGAUAUUUUAAUAGUUCAAGUUCAGAGGAUGAAAAACCAAGUAAUUCCAAACAACGUACAUCAUUCUCAUUGAACGUAGAAGGAGAUAUUGCUGGAUUACGUAAAAAGAGAUAUCAAGUGACUUCUUCAUUCAUGAAAAGUGGAGUAGGCAGCUGGGAAGUACAUACAAAAGGAAUUGGAGCUAAACUGUUACUACAGAUGGGUUUUGAACCUGGCAAAGGAUUGGGAAAGCAAUUACAAGGAAUAAGUGCACCAGUAGAAGCUCACUUUAGAAAAGGUAGAGGUGCUAUUGGUGCGUACGGCCCGGAGAAAGGACCAAAAAUGGUUGAAAAAAGAAAAGAAGAAGCAGAGGAUGCAAAGGAUUCUAAGUCUAAAGUAUCUCAAUGGCGAAAAGGGGAUAGUAUUAAUAAUAAAAAAAAAGUCAAAUAUUCAUAUCGGAGUGUUGAUCAAGUUCUAGAAGAUGGAAAAUUAAAACCAAAUAGAAAACUUCCACUUUCGAGUGAAAUGAGCAGAGUGAAAGUUAUAGAUAUGACAGGGCCAGAACAAAGAAUUUUAAGCGGUUAUCAUGCAAUAGCCAGUGGCCAACAAUAUCCCGAUGAAACUAUUCCAAGUGUGAAUAAAAAGGACAAAAUUAAUUUUUCUUUGCCAGAAUUACAGCAUAAUUUAAAUUUGCUUGUAGAUAUGUGUGAACAAGAUAUUAUACAGAAUGAUAGAAGAACAAGACACUUGAGCGAUAGAGUAAUAGCGUUAGAAGCGGAGAAAAGAAAUCUGUCUAAGGUUGUAGAUCAACAUGGACAACUCAUUGAUACUUUAGAAAAUGUUCUAGCAGUUGUAGAUAGAUUAAUGGAUGAAACAAGUGAUAUAACGUUGCAAGAUACUGCUGAUGUAUUUAAAAGUUUGCAAGAUAAAUAUUAUGAGGAAUACAAGAUGUAUGAAUUAGGUGAUUUAGCAACUAGUUUUGUGGGUCCAAAAAUAAAAGAUUCUUUACUUUCUUGGAAUCCAUUAAUGCAACCAAAGCAGCCUAUAAAAUUAUUUGAACAAUGGAAAGAAAUAUUAGAGACUGGUACAAGUCCACUUCAAACAAGAACGAUACAACCUUACGACCAACUUGUUUGGAAUGCAUGGAUGCCUUCUAUCAGAGGAGCUGUACAACAGUGGACAUGCAGGCAACCAGAUUCGUUAAUAGAGCUAUUAGAGCACUGGAUACCAUUGCUACCUGGUUGGAUUUUUGAAAAUAUUUUGGAUCUAUUAAUACUUCCUAAACUUACUUUAGAGGUAGAAGAAUGGAACCCACUCACAGAUACUGUUCCAAUACAUACAUGGAUCCAUCCUUGGUUACCAUUAAUGCGUAAUUGGUUGGACACAUUAAUAUAUCCAAUUAUAAGACGCAAACUUGGUUCUGCUUUGGGAGGUUGGCAUCCGUCAGAUAGAUCAGCAAGAUUAAUGUUACAACCUUGGGCAGAAGUAUUUGCUAAGGGUGAUAUGGAAGCUUUUCUAGUAAAAAAUAUUAUACCAAAACUUCAAAUAGCUCUUUCCGAGUUUGUUAUAAAUCCACAUCAACAGCAUUUGGAUCAAUGGAAUUGGGUGAUAGAAUGGAAAGAACUAAUACCAUCCCAUAUAAUGGCGAAUUUACUCGAUAAAUUCUUCUUUCCUAAAUGGGAACAAGUUUUGACUUUUUGGUUAAAUCAUUCUCCAAAUUACGAUCAAGUAAUGAAUUGGUAUAUGGGAUGGAAAGGAAUGUUGAGCGAUAAGUUAUUGGCAGAACCAUUAGUGAAAGAACAUUUUAAGAAGGCGAUCGAUAUGUUAAAUAGAGCCGUGGCUGCACCCCCGAGUCAUCAACCAGGAGCUAUGGACCAAGUUUCGUACUUGAACAAUUUGGAGAGGAAUCAACCGACGAUAAUGUCACAGAUGUCAUCAGUGGUACAACCGAGGAUGGAGAGGUUGGCAGAAGCAGUGAGAAUAGCAGCACCACAAAUUCAUCUAGGCUUUAAAGAUCUCAUACAAAGGAAGUGUGAAGAACGAGGUAUCCUUUUCAUGCCUAUUCCAAAUAAAUACAGGGAAGCGAAGCAAGUUUACAAAGUGGGUAAUGUCCAAGCGUAUAUAGACGGCAAAAUGAUAUUUGUUUAUCAUAAUGGAGCCAAUUGGACGCCGACGAAUGUGAACGCCUUACUCGAUAUGGCGGAACUUUAGAAAUAAGUUUAACGGUGGACGAAAUUAUCAUCUAACACUUCGAUUUUAAUUUAUUUUAAGAAUAAAUUUUAAUAACGACAUUUUAUAAUGUUAUUCGAUACAUAGGGAUACGAUUUUUGUUUUGUACAUAUUAUACAUAAUUAGCGAAUAUCACGCGAUGAUUUUAUCCAACGAGAAGAGAAAAGAGAAAAAUAGAAGGUAAAAAGAAAAACAACCAUGUUGUAUGUAAAAUAUAAGGGUAAGAAUUUGUACGUAAUAUCUUACGAAUAUCAAAACACGAAUAGCAUUACAUUAGGAAGUAUUUCCUUCUUUUUCUUAUCAAAUAUCUUUGCAUAGUGAUUAUUUCUUUAAAACGACGAGCUAAUACUCGUAGACUUCGGCUUUGCCGAUCUUCAAUCUUAUCGAGUAGCACUUCUGUUCGGUCAGUUCGAAGUCGAACGCGUGUAGGCGCCUCUGGUUAUCCCACUACGAAGGCGCAGCUUUUAAAACUCCUCCAUAUGGAAAGUUGCAUGCUUGAUUCCUAUGGAACCCUGUACUUGCUCAUUCGUUUGUACAUGUGUGCGAAAGAGAGAUAGAGAAAGAUAGAAAGAGAGAGAGAGAGAGAGAGAGAGAAAGAGAGAAACAGGGCCAAUGAGUAGCUUGUAUCAAACGUUACGAGUGUGCACAUAAGCGAUACGUCGUUGGUGCACUAACACGAAUGUAUGCAAAACGCUUACUCGAGAGACUGGUCCAGGGAGAAGAGGAAAAGAGGAUGGACGUCUUCUCUUCGCCUACGCGGCCGAUCCAUGCUCUCUCGGGUGUCGAGAAAAUUUGCAUCGACGCGAGGCCCGUGUCUGCCUAGUAACCGGCUGUCUCCACUGUCUUCUCUCGUCCGCCUGUCCACAACAUACGUGCGAGAUGCAUCUCUACGAGAAUGCAUCUUUAGCUUUUCGAAACGAUUUACUCGAUACAUUGUAUUCGUUAUUAUGAUCUUAAGUCUCACUCUCUCUCUUUCUCUUUGUUUUCUGUUUUUGUAAUUUUUGAUUAUUUUUAUUAUUAUUAUUAUUGUUAUU